CGGACAAGCCUUGUGACCUCAAGAAAAGACUGGGACAAUGGCUGUCCUACUCAAGCACGGUGCAGCCCAAAGGGAGCAGCUGGACCCUCGGUUCGUUCUUUCUGGGUGCAGGGCUCAGAGAGGGAGGGAGCAAAAGUCCCGUUGUUAAGAAACUUGGUGCGAACGGGGAGGCUGAGAGGAAGCGUUGUCAGCCCUCAGACACAGCUGCAUCUCCACCCAGCUCUGCCCCGAGCGGUACGUUCAGUAAGGUCCCCAAGCUGCGGGAGCAUCCUCCCACCUCGGCCUGGCACCCCUUAUCAGAGAGGCCUCCCGCCUCGGCCUCGGCCUUAUCGCCCGGCAACACCUGGUGGGCGCCUCAUGGUGUUAACCCCGGGCCUUUGCAUAGAGCUGCAUCCCCAAGGUUUCGGUCUCCUCACGUGGACAUGGCUAAGCGCACCAAGAAGGUCGGCAUUGUCAGUAAAUACGGGACUCACUAUGCUGCCUCCCUCCGGAAAAUGGUGAAGAGGAUUGAAAUCAGCCAGCAUGCCAAGUACACCUGCUCCUUCUGUGGCAAGACCAAGAUGAAGAGGCGGGCCGUGGGGAGCUGGCACUGCGGCUCCUGCAUGAAGACCGUGGCUGGUGACGCCUGGACCUACAAUAUCACUUCUGUGGUCAUAGUCAAGUCAGCCACCAAAAGACUGAAGGAAUUGAAAGACCAGUAG